UCUUUAGAACUGCUCCUUAAAUUUUAUUCCCUCUGAAAAACAAAUGGCCGAUAGUAUCCAAACCCAAUUGUCUGCAUCAGGUUGUGCAAAACUGAUCCCGUCUGCAAAACACAAGGUUUAUUUAAAUUGAUAAGCUCUUGAGCCUUUGAAGCUGUGGUUGGGCCGGUCAGUUUUAAUUUCCGUCGGGAGUUUUUCUGCUUUCAUGCUGGGCUCGUUUAUGAUUUCCGUCGGGGAACCCUUUACAGAAGAAGAAAAAAAACUGUAAAAGCCAAUAAUUAACAACUCAUUUGCCAGUUGGCCCAAUCAUCUGGCUGGAUCCUGCUCUCGAUCGAUACUUCUUUUCAAAACUAGUUUCAUCAUGCUAAGGUUAGUUCAAAUCUAGUUUUGUCAUGCUAAAGUUAGUUGAAAUAUGUAUGCAUUUGGCAACUCCAAAAUAGAUAGUUUUAAUUGGAAACGGGAGGAGAUGUCGGUCUCAGGAAAUUGUUCUGUGGCUGUAAAUCGGUCAAAUUUGUAUACACGCACACUAGUCUCGACGGAAAAAAUCGAGAGAUAGAGAUGGCAGACGACUGAUGACCAAGAUACCGAUGACCGGCAUGAUCCUGCCGUAGUGCCGUAUAUCACGUCGCCCAUGCAUCCUUCUCCGAAACUUCUACCCAGGACCAAGAGCCCUCGCAACAUGUAAACGAAGGCAUGCGGGCGGGCAGCUUACCACCGGUUUAAAGAUCAAAGCAGAGAAUGGAACACUACCGCUGAAUUAGCUAUCUAGCCAGGCAGCCAUGCCUCUCUUGCCCAGCCACCACCACCAGCUGCUGCCGCUUAUCCUCUUGGUUGCCGUUGCCGGCUCCCAUGGCGAUUCAUCUGAUGACACCUACGAUUCCUCCAUGUGCCUGAAUGAACCUUCCAGCUGCGGAAGCUUGCAGAUCAGCUACCCGUUCUAUCUCGUCGGGAAGACAAAAGAUCUCAAGGGCAACGCCGACUCGUACUGCGGAUAUCCUGGCCUGGGGAUCUUCUGCGAAGACGACAAGAGGCCCAUCCUGCAGCUCAACGGCGCCGCCAGCUACACGGUGAAGAGCAUCGACGGCGCGCUAGCAACCGUCUCUCUAGCCUACCCGGAGGUCGACGACGGCAGCCCCUGCCCGAGACCAAAAACCGACAGCAACGUGACUUUGCAACAGGGAUCGCUGCUGUACUUUCCUGACAGCACGGUCGAUUACCUUAUCUUCUUCAUCAACUGCACCUUCAACUCUACCUUCCUCCAGCCGAGUAAGAUCACCCCGAUGAGCUGCCAAACCUUUGGCGGUGGUACAGGAUCCUCGUUCGUGCUUCCGGAUGAUGAAGUGCCCCUCGGGCACUGGCCGCAAGCGUGCAGAAAAGUCAUACAACUGCCUGUGCACAAAGACCCGAUCAACUAUGCUGAUCCUGGAUGGGAAAACGGUGGAUACGCCGGCCUUCUUCGUCAGGAAUUCCAGGUGGGAUGGAACGCCAGCGCGAAGCCACAGGAAUGUGUCCAGUGCGAGGCAUCCAAUCCCAAGGGACGGUGCGGUUACAGCCGGGCCGGGGUUUUCAUCGGCUGCUUGUGCCCUGACGGCCGAAGUUCUUCGAAUAGCACCGUUUACUGCGAUAGCACCGGUCCUCCGAAAUCGAACAAAAUGAUAAUAUAUGCAAUAGCAGGCAGCUUGAGCAUACUUAUGCUGUGUGUACUCUCCUUUGCAUUCUGGUUGGGCUACAAGAAGUACGGAUCCAAAGGAAAAUCAAAGGACACAGCAAGGAUUGAGUCCUUCCUACAAAAGAAUGGAACGGUCCAUCCAAAAAGAUACACUUAUGCACAAGUGAAAAGAAUGACGAGAUCAUUUGCUGAAAAGCUAGGUCAAGGUGGAUUUGGUGCUGUUUACAGAGGCGGCCUCUCUGAUGGUCAUCAGAUAGCAGUAAAGAUGCUGAAAGAUUUCAAGACUGAUGGAGAGGAUUUCAUCAAUGAGUUAGCUAGCAUUAGUAGAACUUCUCAUGUCAACGUCGUUACUCUCUUAGGAUUUUGCUUGGAAGGGUCGAAAAGGGCACUAAUUUAUGACUAUAUGCCUAAUGGUUCACUUGAAAAGUAUGCUUUCAAAGAUAGCUCUGAAGGUGGAAAUACAUUAGGUUGGGAGAAAUUGUUUGAAAUUGCAGUGGGAAUUGCUCGAGGACUUGAAUAUCUGCAUAGAGGAUGCAAUACUCGCAUAGUGCAUUUUGAUAUCAAGCCCCACAACAUUCUAUUGGAUCAAAACUUCUGUCCAAAGAUCUCUGAUUUCGGACUGGCCAAGCUGUGCCUGAACAAAGAAAGUAUUAUUUCCAUUGGUGGUGCAAGAGGAACAAUAGGCUAUAUUGCUCCCGAGGUUUAUUCGAAGCAAUUCGGAGCAGUGAGUAGCAAGUCCGAUGUUUACAGCUAUGGAAUGAUGGUUCUUGAGAUGGUUGGGGCAAGGGACAAGAACAUCAGUCAAAAUACUGAAUCUAGCAGCCAGUAUUUCCCACAGUGGAUCUAUGAACAUCUAGAUGAAUAUUGUAUUGGUGCUUCUGAGAUUAAUGGAGAGAUCACGGAGGUUGUGAGGAAGAUGAUAGUGGUUGGGCUGUGGUGCAUUCAGCUGAGUUCUACAGAUCGUCCAACAAUGACUAGAGUCGUGGAGAUGCUUGAAGGGAGCACAGCCGGCCUCGAAUUGCCACCAAAAGUGCUCUUGAGUUGACAUGUUUAUAUAUUGUUCUCGCCAACUUGCUCCAGCAUUUGCAUAAUAAUCUGUAAACAGCUCGGACACUUCUUGCAGAAUUACGUGCCUUUACCCCCGCUAACCUCUUCUCUGAUUUUCACCGUGAGCCAAACCGACUCAUCGUGUAAAUAAAUUCAGUUUAUACCAAUC